GCGCCUGGAGGGAGGAGCCGGGCGCGCAGGAUCGGGCGCGCGGGGUCCGAGCGGGGAGCCCGCGCCCUGCGGCUGGCGGGCGGCGGCGAUGAAGAUCUGGAGCUCGGAGCACGUGUUCGGCCACCCAUGGGACACCGUCAUCAAAGCUGCCAUGAGGAAGUACCCGAAUCCAAUGAACCCCUGUGUCGUGGGAGUUGACGUGCUGGAGCGCAGUGUGGACAGCCGGGGCCGGCUUCACAGCCACCGCCUCCUCAGCACCGAGUGGGGGCUACCCGGCUUCGUGAAAGCGAUUUUGGGAACCAGUAGGACUUUGACAUACAUCAAAGAACAUUCUGUUGUGGAUCCAGUAGAAAAGAAAAUGGAACUUUGUUCCACCAACAUCACACUCACAAACCUGGUGUCGGUGAACGAGAGGUUGGUGUACACUCCGCAUCCAGAGGACCCUGAAAUGACUGUGCUCACACAAGAAGCCAUCAUCACUGUGAAGGGGAUCAGCCUCGGCAGCUAUCUGGAGAGUUUGAUGGCCAACACGAUAUCAUCCAAUGCAAAGAAGGUACGGCUCUCGGUCCCGGGCCCCGUGUGCACGCCAGGGGCCAGAUUAAGGGGCUGAAAUGUAUCAUCCUACCGAGGACUGUGGCCCUCCGUCGCCAGCGAGCUUGUGAUGUCACAGCCUUUUCCACCGUCACGGUCAAAACCGGCCGCAGGGAAAGCUGUCCCGGGCCUUGGGGGGAAGCGUUGGGUGAACGUGGGACACAAACGCAGUGGAGGCAAGUACGGCGUCAGAGAGCCAACUAGCACAAGGCUCAGUGCGCAGGACAAACCCCGCACAUGAGCGUUGUCAGGCAGGGUCGUCAGGAAUUGUAGUUUCCCACUGAACAGGCUUUGGCUGAGCCUCCCGUCUGCCAGG